GUUGCAUUUUCUCGAGCGUUUCUCGGCCUGGCGCCCUGCCGUUGUUACGCUCGCACGCGAGGAGAGGAGGAGCAUGCGCCGCGCCCCUGUUGCGCUCCAUGGGGAAAAGCUCCGCCGCCGAGUACUCCGGGUCGGCCGUGCUCCUGCACGGCGACCUCGACAUCGGGAUAACCGAGGCCAAGUGCCUCCCCAACAUGGACAUCAUGUCGGAGCGGAUGCGCCGCUGCUUCACCGGCUACGGCGCCUUCGGUUGCGGCGCGGCGUGCGGCGGCCACUCCGCCGACGCGCGGCGGGGCGGCGGCGGCGGCAGGGCUAAGAAGAUCAUCACCAGUGACCCCUACGUCUCCGUCUGCCUUGCCGGCGCCACCGUCGCGCAGACGCGGGUCAUCCCCAACUCGGAGAACCCCCGGUGGGAGGAGCGGUUCCGCGUCGAGGUCGCGCACGCCGUCGUCAGGCUCGAGUUCCACGUCAAGGACAACGACGUCUUCGGCGCGCAGCUCAUCGGCGUCGCCUCUCUCCCCGUCGACAAGAUAGCCUCCGGCGCGCCGGUCGAGGGCUGGUUCCCCAUCGACGGCCACUGCAGCAACCCGACGAGACCGCCGCCCGAGCUCCGCCUCUCCGUGCAGUACAUGCCCAUCCAGGACAACCCCCUCUACAGGGACGGCGCCGACGCCGUGCCCAAUGCCUACUUCCCUAUCCGGCGAGGAGGGAGCGUUACGCUCUACCAGGACGCCCACGUCGCCGACGGCGGGCUCCCGCCGAUCGAGAUCGCCGGCGGCAGGGUGUACGAGCACGGCAGAUGCUGGGAGGACAUCUGCCACUCCAUCGUCGAGGCGCACCACCUCGUGUACAUGGUCGGCUGGUCCAUCUACCACCCCGUCAAGCUCGUCAGGGAGCCCACCCGGCCGCUGCCCGGCGGGACGCCAUCGAUGCUCGGGGAGCUUCUCAAGGGGAAAGCUCACGAGGGCGUCCGCGUCGUCAUCUUGCUUUGGGAUGACAAGACGUCGCAUGACAAGUUUCUUCUCAAAACGGAUGGUGUCAUGCAUACACACGAUGAGGAAACCAAAAGGUUUUUCAGGCAUUCAGGUGUUCACUGUGUGCUGGUUCCUCGCUAUGCGAGCACUAAGCUUAGCAUUUUCAAGCAGCAGGUUGUGGGGACUUUAUUUACACAUCAUCAGAAAUGUGUGAUUCUUGAUACACAAGCUACUGGGAACAACCGCAAAAUCACUGCUUUCAUUGGUGGUCUAGACUUGUGUGAUGGCAGAUAUGAUACACCUGAACAUAGGCUUUUCAAAGAUCUUGACACCGUUUUCAACAAGGACUUCCAUAAUCCUACAUUUCCUGUUAAUUCAUAUGGACCAAGACAGCCAUGGCAUGAUUUACACUGCAAGGUUGAGGGCCCUGCUGCCUUUGAUAUACUGACAAACUUUGAACAGCGAUGGAGAAAAGCAACCAAAUGGAAGGUCAAUCUUAAGAAAGUUGCAAGCUGGCAUCAUGACACGCUGAUAAAAAUAAACCGGAUGUCCUGGAUUGUUACACCCGCUGCAGAUGAGGCAAAUGCACAUGUUUGUGAUGAAAAGGAUCCAGAAAACUGGCAUGUACAGGUUUUCAGAUCAAUUGAUUCAGGUUCUGUAAAAGGGUUUCCUAAAAUUGUUCAGGAGGCAGAGUUACAGAAUCUUGUUUGUGCGAAGAAUCUAAAGAUAGAUAAAAGCAUACACAGUGCAUAUGUGAAAGCCAUCAGGUCUGCGCAGCACUUCAUAUACAUUGAAAACCAGUAUUUCAUUGGGUCAUCAUUCUUAUGGUCUUCACAUAAAAGUGCAGGUGCGGAUAACUUGAUACCUGUCGAGCUGGCCUUGAAGAUUGCAAGCAAGAUCAAGGCAAAUGAGCAGUUCGCCGUGUACAUUGUCCUACCAAUGUGGCCUGAAGGCAUUCCAACCACGGCCCCAAUGCAGCAAAUUCUCUUUUGGCAGGGCCAAACCAUGUCUUCGAUGUACAAGAUUAUAGCGGACGCUCUGCAGAUGCAGGGACUACUUGAAGCCCACCCUCAAGACUAUCUGAACUUCUACUGCCUCGGCAAACGCGAGCUCGCCGCCGGCGGUGACACCAUGUCCCCGACGAGCAUAUGCAAUGACAACUCUGCUCUGCGCACGGCUCAGAAGCUCCGGAGAUUCAUGAUCUAUGUCCACUCGAAAGGGAUGGUCGUCGACGACGAGUACGUCAUCAUUGGAUCGGCCAACAUCAACCAGAGGUCCAUGGAAGGCUGCAGGGACACCGAGAUCGCCAUGGGCGGCUACCAGCCACACUACAAGUGGUCGGCUACUGGGCACGACGGCCCUCCUCGUGGACAGGUGUACGGGUACAGGAUGUCGCUGUGGGCGGAGCACCUGGGCGGCGUGGAGGAGUGGUUCCGGCGGCCGGAGACGGGGGAGUGCGUGCGGCGGGUGAACGAGAUGGCGGAGGAGAACUGGCGGGCGUACGUGUCGCCGGAGAUGGAGGAGACGAGGGGACACCUGAUGAGGUACCCGGUGAAGGUGGACAGGGACGGCCGCGUCCGGCCUCUGCAGGGACACGAGUGCUUCCCCGACGUCGGCGGCAAGGUUCUCGGCACGCAGUCGUCGCUGCCCAACGCCCUCACCACGUAACCUGCUGCUCCCUCCGUCCUUGUAAAAUAUAAACAUUUUGCUGGAGUUAUUCAGAAUGUAUAAAACAUAAUAUCUAGAUUUGUUUUGAAAAAUACGUAUAAAUGUAUAUAUUUUAGAACAUACGUAAUUACGUAGUACUCCUCUGUA